AUGCAGUUCAGAUCGCCUUUGCAACUCGCCGGUCUUUUCGCUCUCGCCGCUACUGCCAACGCACACAUGAUGAUGGUCACGCCGGCGCCAUUCCCCGGCUACAACAGCGGCCCGAUGGGCAAGCAACCAGACCAAUCCUUCAACCCCUUCCCCUGCCAGGGCAAGAUGACGGGUGGCACUGCGACGGAGCUCAAGCUGGGAUCUUCUGGCAACAAACUUGUCUUCAAGGGCAGCGCCGUGCACAGCGGUGGCUCGUGCCAAGUUUCACUAACCUACGAGGCUAACCCAACCAAGGACACAGUGUGGAGGACCAUCACGUCGUUCCACGGCGGCUGCCCGAUCAAGUACGAAGGGAACAUGCCCGAGAACGUCAACGCCAUCGUGGACUCGGGUCUCGCCUACGACGUCCCCGCCGACAUCCCGGCGGGCGAGGCCAAGAUCGCCUGGACCUGGAUCAACCGAUCCGGCAACCGCGAGUUUUACAUGCAGUGCGGCCCCGUCAAGCUGACCGGCGCGGGCGGCAGCCAGGCCAACUUUGACAAGCUGCCCGAGAUGGUCGUCGCCAACGUCGACGGCUUCCCCUGCAAGACCGAGGAGGGCAAGAACUACAAGUACAAGAACCCCGGCAGCAAGUUCGUGACUGCUCCUGGUCUCGACUUUGUGACGCUCGAGUGCGGCGCUGGUGGUGGUGGCGGCGGCGGCGAUGCUGCCCCUGCCGGUCCUACUCCUGCUCCUGCUCCUGCUCCUGCCCCUGCCCCGGCUCCCGCCUCGACUGCGGGUGGUGGCGGUGAUGGCUGCACGUCGGGUGCUUUCAAGUGCAACGGCGAGGCCAAGUUCCAGCAGUGCGCCAACGGGGCAUGGGCCGCUGAGAUGCCCGUCGCUGCUGGGACCAAGUGCAAGGACGGUAAAUUUGUCAAGCGCUCCGUCGAGAGGCUCCACGUGCGCGACUUUGACUUUGUGGUGUAG